UUGUGAAUUCGUAGUUGAGCUUGGUUUUUUUUUCUUAAACUAAUUUUUUGAGGGUACCUUACCACUCGGUAACUUUUAUUAACAAUCCGAAUUGUUUAUAUAAUCUCAUCAUUCAUAAAACACCCUUGUAUAUAGUUGACAAACAUAAAACCAUUAAAAAAUUUAAUUCAAGUGAAGAAGAUAAACAAAUACGGUGCUCGGAAUAUACACGAAAAUGACUACAAAUAUAACUGUCAUUUGAUUUCGAAUCGUAGAAAUACAAUUUGGGCUAUUCAAUUACAUAAUUGGAUGGCUACCAUAUUGAUGUGGGCCGAAAGGGCUGAUUUUUCAUGGCCCAAUUUCUUUGUCCUGUGAAUUUAUCGCAAAAGGCCAUUUCAUUGCCAGGCCUGCUACCAGACCUCGUUACUAUUUCCAUCCCCCACAAAUCCUGAGCACUUCCAAGUGACCGUUGGGCAGCGCUUGCACGCCAACUGUUCGAUGUUUUGCGCCAAAGACGCUCACCGGUUCCCGCAAAAUGCAUAGGAGAACCACGUUACCGCGCUUUCACCAGCUUCCCAAAACCUCUCAUCUGUGCGAAACGGAUGCAUACGCAUCGCCUUCUCCAAUCCCAUGUCGGAGAUUAGGUUCUAUGUGGGUCCCGGUGAAGCACAAAUCCAGCGGAGGAAGAAGACCCAAGAAGAAAGUAUACCACAGAGUCCACGAACUCGACAAAGUCAUGGACUUGCAGAAAAAGCCCGCCUUGAUUUUACAGCUGAAAUCAAUUAUUCAGUCGCAGAAACACCAGUCUCUCCUUCUCAGGGACCUCGAGAAAGAAGUUGGGUUUGUUCAGAAGUGGAACUUCAUGGCCGUCAUAGAAAAAUACCCUGCAAUAUUCUAUGUCGGUGGCGGCAACAGAACGCCCCCUUUUGUUACACUCGCUGAGAAGGCUGAGAAAGUUGCUGGUGAAGAAGCUUCAGUCAAGGAUUUGAUGGAACCCAUGUUGGUUAAAAACUUGAGGAAGUUGUUGAUGUUGUCAGUUGAUUGCCGGGUUCCACUCGAAAGCAUUGAAUUCAUCGAAUCCGAAUUGGGUCUGCCGAAUGAUUUCAAGAAAUCAUUGAUUCCGAAGUACCCUGAAUUCUUUUCGGUUAAGGAUGUCAAUGAAAAAGAUUUUCUGCAUUUGGAGAAUUGGGAUUCUUCACUAGCAGUCACGGCUCGUGAGGAAAAUUUAGCCGAUGAAGGAAUUUCUGCCGCUUAUGGAUUGGGGAAGAAGGUUAGGAUAUCCAAAGAUGGUAAUUUUCUAGGUCCACAUGCGUUUCGAAUGAAUUUUCCUGCUGGUUUUAGGCCAAACACUAGUUAUCUUGAGCAACUUGAAAGGUGGCAGAAAAUGGAAUUCCCUUCUCCAUAUUUGAAUGCCAGGAGAUUUGACAUUGCUGAUCCCAAAUCGAGGAAGCGGGUGGUGGCGGUGCUUCAUGAGCUACUCAGCUUGACAAUGCAGAAGAGGAUGACAUCUGCUCAACUGGAAGCAUUUCAUUCAGAGGCGUGCCAACUCGUUGGCCGAGCUCAGCCGAGGAGUAAAAUUUGUGAUGUUGCGUUGAGCGCGUUGCUGACUUCUUUAUCUUGCGACUAUGGUUGGGGAAGGAACAAAUCUCGACCUUUGGAUUCUCAAGCCUGAAGACAAGGCUGCAGGUUAUGCGAAGUUCUCGAAUCGUCGGCGCCGGAUUUAGUCACAGUGAUUAUAUUCGUGAGAGUAUAAACAUGUCGAAUCGCCACCGGACUAUAUGGAUACAAAUAUUCAAAGGUGACGUACGUCUUGAUGAUAAAUAUGGUUCGGCUGUCAGAAUGCUGAACUCUGAAACUCACUUGUGAGUAUCCAAUCAUAAAAUCACUCGGCGUUCAAUGCGCCGAAUGUCGUAACUCAUAACACCUUACUUCGCCGAGAAGGCUAAUAAGAUGGCCUCUACCAAUAAGGAUUCGAAAACCCUUCUCGACCGAGACUUGGAUAGGUAACCAGUCGAUCUUGACGCAGUGCUGUUUAUCCAAACUGAAGGUGCCUCGCAGUUGGCAGUUGUUUUCUCUUUCAGAACAAAAGAAUUCAUGUAUACCAAUAUAGCAUGCUGGCUCCUUCUUUGAUGUUGGUGUUGGGUACUUUGAUAAUUGAUACGGAUGGAUCUGUGCUAAUUCUAUUCAAACACCCGAAAUAAUCAGUUUGCAUCUUUUUAAAAAGUAUAUUAAUGUUGUUUAUGCCGUUUAGAUGUUUGUAGAGAUGUCGUAUAUCUUCAAAGUAAGUUUGUUUUCAUGUGUAA